AUGGGGGACUACCGUACCUAUCUGUUUCCAAUUGUUUUGUUUCUCUUACAAACGGCCUUCACUGUUCUUUUGGGUUUGUACAGUGAAUAUGAAUAUUUUCCGCUUUCAAAUGUCACUGAUUUCGAAAAUCCACCACGUGGUUUAGUUGAAUUCUACUAUUCAAUGUUCACAGACAUACAUGUCAUGAUGUUCAUCGGCUUUGGCUUUCUCAUGACAUUUCUCAGUCAUUAUUCGUAUUCAGCUAUUGGCUUCAACUUUAUUCUAUGUGCAUUCACAGUCGAAUGGGCAAUGAUUAUGCGCGGCUUCAUCUUCGAUUGGAAUGAUACCAAGCAAAAGUUCAUAGUUGAUGUACGAAGUUUAUCUACAGCAGAUUUUGUCUCCGCUAGCAUACUGAUUUCUAUGGGAGCUGUUUUGGGUCAAGUCAGUCCUUUACAGUUAAUUAUAAUGGCGUUUUUCGAAGUUCCACUUCAAGUGGUGAAUGAAUGGAUCGGUACAUACUACUUUUGUGCUAAUGAUGCGGGAGAAUCGAUGUUUGUGCAUGUGUUUGGAGCAUAUUUUGGUUUAGCCGUUGCUUUCGUUCUGUUUCAUUCAAAUGUCAUUGAUUCGCCACUGGAAAAAUCUCGUUAUACAUCCGAUUUAUUCUCUAUCAUUGGCACAAUGUUCCUGUUUUGCUUCUGGCCAUCGUUCAAUGCUGGCACGGCAAGUGGCGUAGAACGACUUCAUGCCAUUACGAACACAUAUGUAUCGAUAUGUGCAUCGGUUAUCGGUGCCUUUCUCAUGUCCACUGUCGUACGGAAAGGCAAAUUAGACAUGAUUCACAUUCAAAAUUCAACAUUAGCUGGCGGAGUAGCUGUUGGAACAGUGGCUACAUCGAAUAUUGGUCUUCAUGGUGCAAUGAUUAUUGGCACUCUUGCUGGAAUGGUAUCUGUUUUAGGUUUUCAUUUUCUUAUGGAAAAAGUACAGCACAUACGUAUUCACGAUACAUGUGGCGUCAAUAAUCUACAUGGAAUGCCAGGUUUAAUGGCGGGUGUUGCAGGAAUUGUCAUCGUUUUCAUUGGAAAUCGUUCUGGAUUUCUCGACCACUUAACCGACGUGUGUCUGAGCGGUGGAAAACAACGAACAGCUAAUAUACAAGCAGCAUAUCAAGCCGCAGCUCUUGGUUUAACAUUAUGUGUCGCUAUAAUUGGCGGAUUAAUCACUGGGGCAGUCUUACGUUUACCCAUGUUUGCAAAACAAUAUGAAAAUUUUGAAGAUGAACCGCUUUGGCAUUUACCCGAGAUCAACGAACCGAAUAGUACAGCAGGCAGUGUGAAUGCAAAUCUCGAUCGACGGUUUAGUAUUAUACCUGUAGCUAAUAUGAACAAAAAUCUACAACGACGAUUUAGCGUUUUUCCACAGUGA